AUGAUACAGGGGCUAUUUUCGAUUGAAGAUGAGCCGGAAUCUGGAGUAGGAGGUGGAGCCAACGAGAAAAAGAAGCACCUAUUUUUGAAAGAUAUUCGUACGAUGCUCUACGGAUUCGGUGACAUUGAAAAUCCUCUUCCUGAAACAGUCGCUCUGGUGGAAGAGCUAGCAACCCAAUACAUUUGCGAUAUGACUCGUCGCUGCAUGGAGAUUGGUAAAAUUGGCAAGAUUACCGUGGAGGAUAUUGCCUAUUUGGUGCGCAAAGAUGAUCGAAAGUUUUCCCGAGCUAAAGAGCUUCUGCUCUUAAGCGAAGAGUUGACAAGGGCUAAGAAAGCCUUUGAGGGCGUUAAGAUUAAAGAUGCUACAUAA